GACAUUGCACUCAAAAAGGUGAACAUGGUCACGGUAAACAUUCAAGGCCCAGGAUGGUGUGCGUGUUAAGAUCCUGUCCAGGAGUGCCAAGGGCCAGAAAGAAAUCAGACGCUUUUGUUCCAAAACCCCGAACUACUACGCAUUAUCAAACUGAGGGGAUCAGUUACUAUUGAUCCAACAAAUCUCCCUGCUCUGACCUGAAUCGACCGUUGGCUUUUCAGUUGUCCCAAGGACCCGCCAUUUUGACAUCAGUUGAGCACUUUAUCAUGGGAAAUUGUCUGAAAAAGGGGGAAGCGUUUGAUCCUGGUGGUGUUUUGGAUCGGGUGAUAGCUUCUGGGACCGCUUCAGAGGACAAUUUCAUCUACAGCUUGGCCAAUUACAAGAAGGGCGGUCUGCUGGUCGAAUGUUUUAAUAAAGGAGGAUCCAAGGAGGUUGAGAAAUACAUUCGAAACAAACUCGCUCAUUUGAUGUAUAACAAUGGAGCUGGAGAAUGCAUCACAAGGACGGAAUAUCUGCGAUGGAAGUUCAAGGACAAACAGGAAAAGGUCGUAAUUGGGCAAGACAAGAACCCAGGAAUUACUUAUGAUCCAUUACUUCUGUGGGAAGAUCAUGAGGCAUGCUGGAAAAUGCAGUUUCGAGGGGCAAUGGGAGAAUCCUUGCUUCACGUGUUGAUCAUUUGUAACACCUUGGUUCACACCCGAAUUGCUCGGCUCCUUCUCAAAUGCUUCCCUCGUCUCGUUAUUGACAAGGUGGAAGGCGAAGAAUAUCUGGGCACGACGGGAUUACAUCUGGCCAUUGCCUAUGGCAAUGACGAACUUGCUCAGGUUCUGAUAGAGGGAGGAAUCAACAUCCAUGAGAGAGCCACAGGGACCUUCUACCUACCCACUGAUCAAGCUCACGAUCAUCCCAAAGCUGAGACCAACUAUGAAGGCUUAGCCUAUCUGGGCGAAUAUCACCUGGCCUGGGCCGCCUGUCAAGCCAAUGAGACCAUUUACAACCUUCUCUUGGAGCAAGGCGCGGAUCCCGACGCUCAAGACCGUUUUGGAAACACUGUUCUGCAUAUGGUGGUGGUCACGAAUCGGAUCGGCAUGUUUGGAUAUGCACUGCGCCAUCCCUUGAAGUCCGGGAAUUCGGAAAUUGACAACAAUGCGGCCUUGACCUGCCUCACAUUGUCUUGUAAGCUCGGUCGGGACAACUUGUUUAAAGAGAUGCUGGAACUGAGUUGCAAAGAGUUCUGGCGGUACUCAAAUAUUUGUUGCUCAGCCUAUCCCUUGGGGGCUCUGGACUCGAUUCGCCCCAGUGGUGAGACAAAUUGGGGCUCGGCCAUGCUGAUUAUCUUGGCUGGAACCAAAGAGGAGCAUUUGAACAUGCUGGAAGGUGGCAUCAUUGCCAAGCUUCUCGAGGAAAAAUGGACCACCUUUGCUCAGAUGUUCUUCGUCAAAAAGUUCGCCUUUGUUUGGGUUCAUUUGAUUUGUCUCUCUGUCGCCAUCUACACCCGUCCCGACUACACAGCCAGUCUCUUGGGCGGUUUAAAAGAUGGACCAGAGGAUAUUGCCGAUCAUGUCACAAGAUAUUGCUUCGAGAUUGCGGCUCUCCUGGCAACCUUGGAAUACAUGAUCAUACAACAGGCUGAAGAAAUCAAGAACUCGGGCAUCAACAGUUUCUUAAGGAAUUUGAAGGGAACACCGGCCAAACUGAUUUACACCAUGGGUAACUUGUUUCUUUUGGCCGCGGUCCCAAUGAGAUUUCUUCAGUGGAACGACAAAACCGACUUUUAUAGGAUCUUGGAGGAAACAGUCUUAGUGAUUGCAAUUCCGGCCAUUUGGUUCUACUUGAUAUUCUUUGCAGGAGCCAUCAAGUUGACCGGUCCUUUCGUCACGAUGAUCUUCAGCAUGGUCACUGGUGACAUGUUCACUUUCAGCAUCAUCUACAUCAUCAUACUCUUUGGCUUCAGUCAAGCGUUCUUCUUCAUGCUGAAGGGCAUAGAAUCGCCUGGUCUUUACCGAACCUACCACACCACUUGGGUGGGAAUGUUUCAUAUGACCUUGGGAGAGUACAACUAUAAUGUGUUCAGCGACACCGAGCAUCAAGGCAUGGCCAAGCUCUUCUUCGUCUUGUUUCAAAUCAUUCUUCCCAUUCUUCUGUUGAACAUGUUGAUUGCCAUGAUGGGUAACACCUAUGCCAUAGUGAACGAGAAAAGUGAAAAAGAGUUUUUGAAACAGUGGGCCAAGGUUAUCAUGAGUAUGGAACGAUGCGUCCCGCCCAUUAAAGCGAAGGAGUAUUUGGAGCAAUACAGUAUCAAGUUGGGAGAGAAUCUUCGUGGGGUGAUGGUAAUCAAGAGCAAAGACAAGACUCGAGCCAGGCAAAGGAAAGGCGCUCUUUACAACUGGAAGAAAACCGGCAAGACCAUCAUUCGUUACUUGAAGAAACGGAAAAUGACGGGCGAUGAUUUGAGACGAGAGAUGUGGGUUCACGAUGAGGCGGAGACUCCCAAAGCCUCGCGCAAAAAGAAGGCCUUAGGAUACGAUGUUAAUUUUGGGUUGCAACCCACGACCAGUUUGGUUCCCGGCCAACUACCUCCCGGCGUUGUUCCCACCCCAGAAAUGUUCGGAAGAUCUCUCACGCCGCAGGACCAAUUCGUUCUGGAGAAUAUGAAGGUCAUGCAAAAAUACUUUGACUUGGCCCAAAGCUGGCAAGAGGCCAUCAAGCGGAAGAAAGAGCAAGAGAGUUCCUCGGGGAAACAGCUAGCCAGUUCCCAAGGAGAGGCCAUCGCUGAGCCCAUGGGAGUGCUCCAACCUGCUUAUAUUGGCCCUGAUCCGCACACUUUACCAGGAGUUCGGAGGAAGAAAACCAAGCAGGAGUUUCAGCAAGAAUUGUUCUGGCGAAAGCGCAGCCGAAAGAAUAUCCGAAGUCUCAAGCAACAAAGUUUUGAUUUGGCCACAAUUCAUGACGAGUCGGACUUCAGCAGUGAUGAAGACAACUUCUUUACCUCGCCUGACAAUCCCGAGGUGGGAAAUGGGAAAGUGAACUUGGGAUAUCACAUUGAAAAUGAAAAGGCACCAUCUGGAACUCUGCCACCUUUAACCAAUGGAAAAGUCCACUCCUCCAAAAGUAAUGGAGCCUUAUCGCCGUCCGUCAUUGUCCCUUCCAACCCUGAUGAUCCUGUGGAGGAGGACCAAUCCGCUCACGAAGGCGAGAAGAAGAAAAAGGCCAAGAAGGAAAAGAAGGAAAAAAAGGAGAAGAAAGAGAAGAAAGAGAAAAAAGAAAAGAAGAAAAAGGACAAAGAAAAGAAAAAGAAAAAAGACAAACCCAAAGAUGAGGAGCUAUAGAGGUGUCCAUGUACAUACCGUAUGCCUUUCCGUAGAGUAUAGACUGAGAAAUCACCUCUUUCGACCUAAAAUAAGUAACAAAGAACGAUGGAAAUUUUCUGAGUAUGACAAAAUCGUAUAGAGUAUUCAGUAUUUGUUCGAAUUGUUUUAUUGAAGGCCGAUCUUCACCUGAUUACAUCAUCGAGAUUUUU